GAAACCGUCGCCGAUGGUGCAAAUACGAUAGUAAUGUCCUAUCAAAGCCUUCCGCACGUCUCUCCGGCCAUCGUUGUAUCAGACUGGGGAUGGCGCAUUGCAGAAGGUGUUCCGAGUCCGCGAAGUUCCAGAGGAAAGAGCACGCCAAUCACACUUCAUCCUGCCGACCGGUUCCGGUGCCCGGAUCGUGAAGAGGUUCAAACACGAUACCAAAAACCUAUGUCUAUUAGGACUGCAUCUGGCACAGAAAGGAUGUAAAGGGUCUAAUAUACGCCUAUGUAGAGGAACUAUGUAAUGUGGGUCUAUGAAGGUGAUGUAUCUUCAACGGUCCUAUGUCCGUAUGUACGAUGUACGCCUAUUCAAGUCCAAUCCGUUCUAUACCGCACAAAAGUAACAUUAGUAUAGUAGCAAAACCCUUCAGAGGUUCAUCUGCGCAUGAGGGCAGGGUCUGGGUCAGCUUGAGUCGUUCAAGCCAUCAAGAGACCGACGACACCACCAAAGACGGCACCCCCGAGUCCAGCGACAUUGGCAGCACCUCCGUUCUUAGCCGCGCCAGUUGCAGCCGGAGCGGGGGUAGAUGUCAUAGACCCUGCGGCAGCGGUAGCGGAGGGGGAAACGGUGGGAACCGCAGAGAGAGUCCCGGAGAGAGUGGGGAAUGGAAGGGUGGUUGUGCGGCGGACAGUGUUUUUUCCGGGCACGGGGCACGUGGUGUUGCAGUGUCGAGCGGCUUCUUCGGGCGGGCAGGCGUUGCAGUAUUGAGCGGCUUGUUGCUGGAUGGUAGAGAUGGAAGGGGAUGCCAUGCAGUAUGGGUUGUAGCUAGUGAUAAAGGCCAAAAUGUGAGACAUGGGAUGCUAAAGGUAUGACCAAAAGAUGGUUGAUGGGUAAUUCAAAUACCCUUCUCGCGUGGCUCGCUUCUCUCGCAAAAAGAUCCAACAUUCGUCGACGCUCGCUAUAUGCCGUGUUUGAGGGUAUUGCGCCUUUGGCGCAAGGAUCUCGCUUCGCUGCGAAGGCGAUCGAAGCCGCUUGAGUGUCCGGAGUUACGCCUGAAGGGCAAGGAACUCGCUCCGCUCGCGCUCGCUUUGGCGUUCGCUCUGGUC